UUGUAGUCCAGCCUUGCUGUUUUGACAGUGGCGCUAGCGAUUAGCACACGGAUUUCUAUGGUCGUGAUUUGGGUGGUUUAUUAAAUGUGACCAAGCUGUUAAAUUCAUUUAAAUCUGAAAAAAUACAUUUGGGGAAGAUGCAGGAUGACGCGCGCUACCUCAAACGCAAAGUGACUGCGGGCAGUUUGGAUGUCCAUCCCACAGAGAAGGCCCUUGUGGUCCACUAUGAGGUGGAAGCAUCUAUCCUGGGUGAGAGCGGAGGCCAUAUGCUGGGCGAACGCAAGGAGGGACAAAAAAUUAUCCGUGUGAAGAGUCUUUCUCCUAGUACAGAUGUGGUAGCUUUGGCUAAGAAAGUGGUGGAUGAGUGUAAACUCAUCCCUCAGUCCCGCUUGCCCCAGGUGGAGCAGCUCCUCUACUACUUGCAGAACAGGAAAUCGUCACCUGUGGAGGGCAAAAUGGAGAAGAAAGAGAAAAGAAUUGUGAAACCCAGAGAGCUGACACCGUUUGAAGGGAUGGAGUUAAAUGAGGAAGCCAGUAUAACCAGAGUGGACGAGUAUGUAGAACUGCUCUAUGAAGGCAUCCCAGAGAAGAUCAGAGGCUCCUCCCUCAUUCUGCAGCUUGCCCGCAACCCUGACAACCUGGAGGAGCUGCUACACAACGAGGCAGCUCUUGGUGCUCUGGCCAGAGUAUUGAGGGAGGACUGGAAACAGAGCGUGGAGCUGGCCACCAUCAUCAUCUACAUCUUCUUCUGCUUCUCCAGUUUCUCCCAGUUUCACGGAGUGGUGAGUCAUUAUAAAAUAGGCGCGUUGUGUAUGAGCGUGGUGGAACAUGAGCUGAAGAGACAUGAUGUGUGGCGUGAAGAGCUGCGCAAGAAAAACAAGGCUUGUGAAUCAGCCCCAGAGAAUGGCUCUCUGAGAAGAGACCAGGACAAAGCUCUGAGGAAGUACCAAGGUCUUCUGGCUAAACAGGAACAGCUGCUCAGAGUGUCUCUUUACCUGCUGUUGAACCUUGCUGAGGACACAAGAACGGAGCUGAAGAUGAGGAAUAAAAACAUUGUUGGGCUUCUGGUCAAAGUUCUGGACCGGGACGAUGAGGAGCUGCUGGUACUGGUGGUUUCAUUCCUCAAAAAACUUUCCAUCUUUCUGGAGAACAAGAAUGACAUGGCUGAGGUGGAUACUGUUGAACGAUUGGCUCGUCUGGUUCCAUGUGACCAUGAAGACCUGUUGAACCUGACUCUGCGUCUGCUACUCAACCUCUCCUUUGACUCUGGACUGAGAGCCAAGAUGGUGGAAGUUGGACUGUUGCCUAAACUGACUGCCAUGUUGGGUGACGAGAACAACCGUCAGGUAGCCAUGCGUAUCCUGUAUCACAUCAGCAUCGACGACCGUUUCAAGGGCAUGUUUGUUUACACAGACUGCAUACCUCAGCUAAUGCAAAUGCUGUAUGAGCACAGUGAGGAGGAAAUCGAAGCUGAGAUCCUCUCCAUCUGUAUCAACCUGGCUGCAAACAAGAGGAAUGCACAACUCAUGUGUGAAGGAAAUGGGUUAAAGAUGCUCAUGAAGAGAGCUCUAAAGAUGAAAGACUGCCUUCUGAUGAAGAUGAUUAGAAACAUCUCACAACAUGACGGACCAACCAAACCACUGUUCAUAGACUAUGUCGGUGACCUGGCAGCAGAGAUCCGUGCAGAGGAAGAGGAGGUGUGGGUUCUCGAGUGUCUGGGGACGCUAGCCAACCUCACCAUCCCUGACCUGGACUGGGAGUUGGUGCUGAAGGAGUACAACCUGGUACCCUACCUCAAAGACAGACUUAAACCAGGCUCAGCAGAGGAUGACCUCAUCCUGGAGGUAGUGAUAAUGAUCGGAACGGUUUCCAUGGAUGACGCCUGCGCUGCCAUGUUGGCUAAAUCCGGCAUUAUUCCUGCCCUUAUCGAGCUACUGAACGCCCAACAGGAGGAUGAUGAGUUUGUGUGUCAGAUCGUCUACGUCUUCUAUCAGAUGGUGUUUCACCAAGCUACGCGAGACGUCAUCAUCAAAGACACCCAGGCUCCAGCCUACCUGAUAGAUCUGAUGCAUGACAAGAAUGCUGAGAUCAGAAAAGUGUGUGACAACACCCUCGAUAUAAUUGCUGAGUACGAUGAGGAGUGGGGGAGGAAGAUUCAGUCAGAGAAGUUCCGUUUCCAUAACAACCAAUGGUUGGAGAUGGUCGAGAGUCGCCAAGCUGAUGAGUCUGAACCGUAUCUCUAUGAUAACGACAACGAUAGGACUGAUCUGUUCUAUAGUGCAGAUGGAAUAACUCCAGCAGACGGUUCAGUCAGCCCAGAUUUCUUCAGUGACCUACAGCCUCAGAAUGGAGACUUGCACCAUACAGGAGAUGGCAGCGAUGUCUUCGAUCAGACCAGCUCAUCACCGGGACGACCAGCAACUGCCUAUGGCUUCAGACCUGAUGAGCAGCCCUUCUAUCAGUACUCAUAGACACACACAACACUUCAGGACGUCCUCUCAUCUUCGAUCUAUUCCCCAUUCGUGUCCUGCAUGUCCACUGUUUUCACUGUUAGAAUCUCUCAUGACACUGAGGUAUAGUUACUAAGACAAUGAUCAUAAAGGCUGAAAGACAUCAUACUAAUAAGGACUGACCCACUACCACUGCAGUUUUUCAACUAGUUAUUUAAUAAACUGCAGUUCCAUGCAGUCAUUACCCAUCUGUUCAUUCACCAUUAAGUUAAACACAUGAGUAGUUAAGUCUUCCUUACACUGGCUUCUUAUAAUGAGUUCCCAGUGGGUCGGCAAAUCAAAGAAGAAUGUGAACAGACUUGUUGAGUUUUUGCAUGUUCUUUUCCAACGUGAUAAUGAAUAUUUGUUUAAUCUAUUGUGUUCUUACAUUCCACUGUUUGAGAUGCACUACAGUGUACAUUGCUUUCUCUUGUCUGUGUCGCUGUAAAAUGGGCCCAUUGUUGUUGGUGCUUAUAACUUAGGGUGCUUUCACACUGGCUAGGCUGAACCUGGCUGCAAGAUAGCUAAGCCUCCUUCCCCUGGGAUUAUUAAAGUAUUUUUGAUUCUGAUACAGAGAAUAACAUUCAAGUCCAGUGAUCUGUUUUUUCCUACGAGGUUAGUGGAAAAAGGGCCGCUGGUUUUUCACUUGUGCUGCAGACUGCACAGGUGGUCCCCUGGGCCACAUCUCUGCCGCUAUUCUCUAUUUCCCCCCAUGCGUGUCAAAACAGGCACCAAGCUUGUUUCCAGGCAACAGUGAUCAACAGCUGUACGUUGAUGAGGAAAGCAUUACCACAGAUUGGAAAGAGUGUGAGCCAGCAGGCUUAGGACUGAGGGGGACAGUCAAUUUUACAGCUGCGAUCCAAAAAAGCAAGCCUGUGUGAAGGUGGCCUGAGAAAUGUUGCCGUCUUGUGCAAGCCAAUGGCUCUGUGUAUGUCACUGAUGGAACCAUAGCAGUAUUAUAUUUAUUCAGCAAUGAGAAAAUUAGAAACUCUGUCACUGCAGAAGAAGUGGGCCCUCUCUUUCCAACUGGACGUAGAGUAUGUCAAGAAUACAAUGAAUGAUAUUGACCUGCCACCAUUCACCCCCAACACAGUAUCUGUCCUCUUAAACAACACUGGGAUGACCUGAAUGCAGCGCACAUUGAAACAGGGCAUCCGCUCACCAGCUUUACCUGCAGGAAGUCACAGCCAGCACAUGUAGCAGGGCCAGAGAUGGUCUGACACAGUACUGGGGUCUAGUGUACAUCCAUCUAGUGUUAUUCUUUGUUUGUACUGCAGGAGGUCAGAGAAACCAACUUCUUUAAAGGCAUAUUUCAGGUUUUUGAAGUGGGGUAGUAUCAGACACUUAUCCAUAGUCAGUGUGUUACCUCCAGUUGCCAGCGGUCGGCACACCCCCAGGUUGGAGAAGCCAAUCCAUAAUCCUCGGAUCUAGUUCUCUCAUGGCGAGAAAGCACUACAUUGAAAGCAUGUAAAUUCUUCAGACUAACAGUUUGCAAGUUUUAACAUGUUGAAUUAUAAACACCUUAAUAAUAAUUCAUAGUCAGUAUAUAUUUGAACAUUUAACCAAUCAGGAGAGAGCUUUUGUUUGUGUGUGCAGGUUUGAGGAGAGGGCAGUGAGGUCAUUCUGGAGAAGCGUCACUGUGUGUAUCAGGCACUACAUCAUUGCUCAUAAUGCUCUUUGGCAUCUCCCUGCAGCAGUGAGAUCAGGAGACUUGAGCCGUGCAGGGGGUGAAUGUUUUUCUUGUGUCCACUCUGUUCAUGGUCUUCAGUCUCGCUGGUUUCCUGCUGGUUUCCUGCAGAAAUGACUGUGUCAUUGUUUACUGUGUAUUCUUCGAGCUGUGGAGGGUUAUUGCAAAAAGAUUAGUACAAUAACCGUCAACAAGAAAACAAUGCACCAAGGACUGUGACUAGAUUCUCAUCCGUUUAAAUACCAGUGCUAGCUUGGUUAAGGGAACAAAUGCUGUUCCCUUGAGCAUGGCAUUUCUAGACAACAGAACCAUCCAUGUCUGAAUGUAUAGAUGUGAAUUAGAGCAGUACUAUUACUCUUACACUCAAAACAAAAAUGCAUUGUGGCAUUGACUGAACUACAUAUGAAAAGGAGGGUCCCACACACUGUAUUUGCAGGGCACUGACAGGUAGCUACAUACUGUAUCACUUAUAGGCAUAUUUGCACAUAUAGUUAAAUUUUGCUGCAUGGUUAUGUUUUUUUAUCUUAAGUUAUUCUUAAUCUAUGUACAUUAUUGUGUUUUUUAUAUUUGCUUUUAUUGCUACUUAACAAGACACUGUAAACUGAAGCAAGUACUGAACUAUAGAUUCGUUCCAUCUCUCUCACUGUCUUUCAUGCUCAGGUUCUUGAAUAAAAAACAAAAAAAUCCCACAUUUUGUAUGACUGUUUUAAAAUCGUGUUCACAAUUCCCUGUGGAGCUUUUUAGUACUAAUGCAGUUUUGUUUACAUUCACCGUUCUCACCAAAAUGAAUUAGAUGUACCUUGUAGGUCUGCCAAACGCAUUUGAUCUGGUUUAUUGACAGUAUUCUAUUAAAAUGUAUAAAAUA